AUGGUCAGUAUAAAUAAACUUGUCUUCUGCGUAUUCACUAUCUUUCCAUUGCUUCAACUUUUCCUGACGAUUGGGAUGAAGAAAAGCAAUUGCGGACUCCAUCUUUGUUCUUGUUAGUUCCUAUUGCUGCAUUAUUAUGCCUCACAUCUACUUCAUUUAGGUUUUCACAGUAAGUAAACUCAUUCAGAUCUGUAAGCAAACUCUUUUUUUUUUCUUUUUACAAGCUGCUUCGUUCAUAUCUCAAUUUUGGAGAAGCUUUGAUAUCUUGGUUUCAUUUUUCCAGGACAAGCUAUCAUGACAACACAAGCAUCAACAUCAUCUCCCAUCCAUGAUCAUUGGAAUUAUGAUGUCUUUAUCAAUUUUAGAGGAGGAGAUACUCGUUAUGGCUUUACUGGAAAUCUGUAUAAAGCUCUAGAUGAAAAGGGAAUUCACACCUUCUUUGAUGAUAGGGAAAUAAGAAUGGGCGAUGAAAUUGAUCCAAAACUUCAUGAAGCAAUCGAAGAAUCUAGGAUGUUCAUCUGUGUGUUUUCUAAAGACUAUGCGACCUCAAGAUUUUGUCUUGAUGAACUUGUCCACAUCCAUCAAUGUUCUAAGAGAGAUGGACGACGAAUUUGGCCAAUAUUUUAUGAUGUGGAGCCAUCAGAAGUGCGACAUCAAAAAGGAAACUAUGCACGAGCUUUAGAUAAAUAUAAAAGUAAAAACAGAGCUGAUGAGAACAAGAUGGAAAAUUGGAAGGCUGCACUACGUGACGUGGCAAAUAUCUCCGGCAAACAUUUCACACCUGGUAGGAUCAUUAUUACGACGAGGGACAUGCAGUUACUUGCAAAACAUGGAAUUAAGAGAAAAUAUGAGAUGGAGGCAUUGAAUGAUAAAGAAUCUCUUGAAUUAUUAAGUGGGAAAGCCUUUAGAAGUAUGCAAGUUCCUGCAAGUCACAAGGAAGUUGUCAAAAAUUUGAUGCAUUAUGCACAAGGUCUUCCCUUAGCACUAGAAGUUAUAGGCUCUAACUUGCAAGGUAAGACAGUAAGGGAGUGGGAAUCUGCAUUAAAUCAAUAUGAAAGAAUUCCCAAUAAAAAAAUUCAUCAAAUAUUGAAAGUAAGCUAUGAUGGCUUGGAACUAUUUGAAAAAGAAAUUUUCCUUGAUAUUGCUUGCUUCUUCAAUGAACUCUUCAAAGGAAGAUCAUUGAACUAUGUCAAAGAAAUGGAGGAACGUGUUCACAAUCUUGAUCCACACUAUAGUAUUAGUGUGUUGGAAGACAAAUGCCUCAUUAAGACUGAGGUUGAUCGUAUUAGGAUGCACGAUUUAAUACAAGAUAUGGGAAGACAAAUUGUUCAUCAAGAAUCGCCAAACAGGCCUGAAAAACGCACCAGAUUAUGGCUCAAUCAAGAUAUUGUUCAAGUUUUGGAAGAAAAUACAGGCACAAAUAAAGUUAGGAUGAUAGCUUCAGAAAAUUUGUCCAAAUGUAGAGAAGUAAUUUGGGACGGAAAAGCCUUUGAGAAAAUGAAAAAUCUCAAAAUUCUUUGUUUUAAGAAUUUAAAGUUUUCAGAAGGCCCCAAAUAUCUACCCAAUAGUUUAAAAGUGCUAAAAUGGGAAGAAUAUCCUUCAUCAUCUCUGCCACCCAACUUUCGUGCAAGGGAACUUUUUGUAAUGAAUGUGCCACAUAGUCGCUUAAAGUCGGUGGAAUUCAAGAUGGCCUUGAAUCUAAGUGUUUUGAAUCUCAAAGAAUGCCAAAAUAUUACACAAAUAUCUGAUUUAUCUGGCAUCUCAAAUUUAAAGAAAUUAAAUCUUCAUGGAUGCAAGAAUUUAAUUGCCGUUGAUGAUUCGGUUGGAGAAUUAGAAAGACUUGAAGUCUUGAAUGUGGAAAAAUGUGCCAAACUUAAAACAUUUCCCCAUUGUAUCAAGUCACCGUGUCUUAAAUCGCUCGAUCUUUCACAAUGCUCAAGCUUGAAGUACUUUCCAGAAAUACUACCGAAAGUGCCACUAAGAACACUGGAUGUGUGGGGUAGUGGGAUAGAAAAACUGCCUGCAUGCAUAAAAGAAUGCAUGUCUUUAGAGGAAUUUUGGUUAAGUGAGUGCAAGCAUCUGCAAGAAGUGGAAGGGAUUCCACCAAACUUGGAAUGGUUGGUUGCACAAAAUUGCGUAUCGUUGAGUUUAGAGUCGAGAAGCUUAUUGUUGAGUAAGGAAGUAAUUGGGGCUGGAAUAAGAAAACAUGGGGCUUGUUGCUCUAAAAACUUUGUCAUGCUGGGAUCAAUUAUCCCAGAAUGGAUGGAUGUCUGUAAGAAAGGAGGAUCUAUUUCUUUUUGGUUUCGUAAUGUCAUUCCAACUUUUUGUUGUUGUGCUCUUCUCACACCAAGUGCUGAUUAUGAAUGCGAUUUCGACUUUGGGAUGCGCAUUAAUGGAAUACUAGUAAAUGUGCGAAUCAACGGGCGUGUAUUUCACAAUAUUUCCCUAAUUAAAGAGGACUCUAUAUUUCUCUGUAUACCGGAUCGGGACAAAGAUUAUGAAAGGAGACAAGUAUUGAAAGGUGGUGUGUGGAAUAAUGCAGAGAUUUCAAUCCGGCAGCAUUCUUCGGAUUUGGGUGGUGUAAAGGAGAGUGGAAUUUAUAUGAUAAGACAACAUUGUAACAUGGAAGAUAUCCGAUUCACUGGUCCCUUAAAUUUGGAUUCCCUGAAUAUUGACCAAGAAUGUAUGGAACAUUUGGCUGAAUAUCUGGAAACGGUGUUUGAUUUGUCAAAAAGUAGCUGCAGAGAUUGGGUUGAAUGUAUGCGGGAGGAAAGCAUCCCAGAAUGGUUUCACAAGCGCACUAAAGGACAAGAUGUUUCUUUUUGCUUUCGUAACAACUUUCCAACUCUCUAUGGUGGUGCUCUUCAAAAUUCCGACUAUAAUCGGCUCCACCCACUUUCAAUCUCGAUAAAUGGAUGUCACUUUUGUAAAGCAUAUUAUUCCUCAUUGAAACUUGGUAAUACAGUUGUGUAUGGUCUACAAUUGGCCUCCUUUGACGAGAAAGAAAUGAAACGAGCAUUUCGAGAAGGUGAGUGGAAUUAUGUAAAGAUCCGUGUGUACGAUGCAAAAGAGAGCGGAAUCUAUGUAACAGGACAACAAUAUAAUAAGGAAGACAUCCGAUUCACUGAUCCUGAUAUGGAUGCCAUGGCUAAUCAAGAGAGCUGGUGUCGUUUAGAGAGCUGGUGUGGUCUUGAUGAUGAUGAUGAUGAUGAGGAUGAGGACGAGGAUGAGGAUGUUGAAGGAGAGCAACCAAUGCUAAAAAAGAGGUGGUUGAUGGAGGAUAACCAUGUUAUUUCAAUAAGUUCUUAUAUAUAUAUAUUGAAUUUGAAUAUUUUUAAUCACUUUAUAUAUCCUUUACCUUCCGUGUUAAUUAAUUAACUACAUUUCAAUUUAUGAUAUUUUACAUUCAGAAUUCCAUCAAUGUUGACCAAGGUGAUGCUCUAUUCCUCUUCAUUUUUCUAAAAAUAUAAUUAGGAGCAGGACACAUCCAACUUCCAAAAAAUAUAAUUUAAUGAAAUAAUCAUAUCCAUCCGUUUAUUUCAAGUAAAUUUCAUACAAUGUUAAUCAAAUUCUAGAAUGCUAUGAAUGUAGAUGUGUAUAUAUCCCAAUAUAUCUUCACAUAGUUUUGAAAACAAUGAUAUUCAAUUCAAUUUUAUUUAAAAAAAACAGAACAAGAACCCCUUGUUUCUAGUAAGAAGGAUCUCCAUGGCAAUCUUCUGCAGCCACAAGUAAUUAAAUUCAUUUGUUUCAGAUUUUGAGACAUUUAUUAUAUUUUUGGUGGAUCUAUCUACACUUCUUGUUGAGUUUUUACAAAUAUGUGUAGGAAAUUGAAUAUGAAAGCAAAAGGCAGGCAAUAGACAUUCAAUCUCCAAGUACAAAAAAUGAAGAAUUGUUUCAAGUAAGGAGGCUAAAUAAGAAUAUGACGCAACAACAAGAUGAAGCUUCAACCAAGGAUCAAACCACAGAGAGCUAUAUAAUAGAGAUGAUGAGACAGAAUUACAUGGAUGACUCAAAUAACAAAAGUAGCAUGACAUGGGAUCCAAUGGAAAGUGAAUAUGAAGGAACAAGUCAUGCUAAUAAUAAUAAGGAUCCAUGUGACCAGAGAAGAGAUCAUCCAUGGUGGAAGAGGCUUUUGUGUUUUAAUCUCUUCACUUUUGUUGCCUCCCUCUAUUCUUCUUCAUAGUCAUCUUUCUCCAUUACAAGACACUAUAAUGAAUUCUAUAUCAUUAUACUCUUUUAGACUCUUCAUCUUUUGUAACGAUGUUUUUAGUUGUCAACUUUUGAAUUCACGGAGAAUUGCUUGAU